AACGUGAUUCAAUUCUACAUAGAUUGUUAAGUUGUAAUACUUGUGAGUUUGAAAAUUUGAAGUCUUAAUUUAUAAAAAUUUCUCAUUGAUGCUAAGGUUAUAGUUAACAAAAUAAGCUCCCAAAUGCAUGUUUGAUUCUAAAGUGAAAUCGAACAAGCAAAACCAAACCUAUGAUGCCACUUGAGAAUUGAGCACGCUCUCCGUUUUUCCAUUGCUUUCUUCUUCUUAAAUCAAUUCAACUUUCAAACUCAUAUAUGUCAACGGUAGCGCCUAAGCGCGACCAGUGGCAAUGGGAGAAUGCCAUCGCCGGCUCCGCCGCUGGAUUCGCCACCGUCGCUGUCAUGCAUCCCCUCGACGUUGUCCGAACUAGGUUUCAAGUUAACGAUGGUCGAGCCUCUCAUCUUCCAAGUUACAAGAACACCGCUCACGCCAUUUUCACCAUUACUCGAUCCGAGGGAUUAAGAGGACUUUAUGCAGGCUUUCUUCCUGGGGUUCUUGGCUCAACUAUUUCAUGGGGUUUAUAUUUCUUUUUCUAUGACAAAGCUAAACGAAGAUAUGCUAAGAACAGAGAGGAGAAGUUGAGCCCUGGUCUUCAUCUUGCCUCUGCUGCAGAAGCAGGAGCUUUGGUUUGCUUGUGCACAAAUCCUGUUUGGCUAGUGAAAACGAGACUGCAGCUUCAGACUCCUCUUCAUCAGGCACUGCCAUACUCUGGGCUAUAUGAUGCAUUUAGGACCAUAGUGAGGGAAGAAGGAUUUAGUGCACUUUACAGAGGGAUUGUUCCUGGUCUUUUUCUGCAGGUCUCUCAUGGAGCUAUUCAGUUCACAGCCUAUGAGGAGCUUCGCAAAACUAUUGUCGAUUUGAAGAGCAAAAGGAGUAAAAUACAACAUCAAAACCCUGACCAACUCUUGAAUUCUGUUGAUUAUGCUGUUCUUGGAGCAACAUCAAAAGUUGCUGCAAUACUUCUAACCUAUCCAUUUCAGGUUAUACGGUCUCGUUUGCAGCAACGACCUGGUCAUGAUGGGAAACCAAGAUAUAUUGGCAGUUGGCAUGCUGUGAAAGAAACUGCACGAUUUGAAGGUGUCCGAGGUUUUUACAAAGGAAUCACACCAAACCUCUUGAAAAAUGCCCCUGCGUCUUCAAUAACAUUUAUUGUUUAUGAAAAUGUUCUAAAAUUACUUAAACUGGCUAGAAGGAAUGACUGAGUAUUUUCCUUUUACUUCAUGAUUUUUUCUUUCUUUCUUUUUCUGUUUUGGUGUUUAGUCUCCUCUGAUUUGAUAUUUAUGCUGAUCAAUAAUGUGGAUGUACUUUUCGGAGAUUUAAAGCAUUGUUGCCACAAAUCCAUGUUCUAUCUCUUUCAUGUCCUAUAUUGUACACUUCUAAUUUGAACAGCGAAA